CUGAGCGAAGAGAGAGUUGCGAGGCAAAACGACAUCACGUCACAUGAGCAGCGAUCUGUUUACAAACCGAUGAGGAGAGGAGGAGGAAAGAAGAGCCACAGGCAGCGCGCAAAGCAGGCGUCCGAACACCAUAAUGGAUCCGGAGAGGAAGAGGAAAGCCUUUCAUGACAAAGCAGCUGGGAGACAGAAAGGAUGAACCGGAUGCUCGCUGACUUCCUGCAGACAGACGCAGACACACCGAGUCUUUGUCUGGGUUCUUCUGUCCAGUGGAUGAGCAGAUGGUUGGAGGGUUAGUGGGUUCCCUUCUUCCUACAUACGCACAUUCUCGGAGCUGAGAAGACCCCUCCAGCAGAAGACCUGACCCGCUCGUAGGAUCUCGUGGACCAGGGUUCAUGAUUCUUCAGUCUGGGUUUGAGGAGAGUUCGAAGAGCUCUGGGGAACAACAACCUGACGCAUGAGAUUUGAGUCCGAACCCCGCUGGAAAACAGAGACUUGGGUCCGAUUCAGCGUUACUCACUGUGAGUUUUGACGGUGGACGGCCCUCAGACUGGUGUCCAAGACAAAAGGACGAUGAGGCGUGUUGCCAAGGAGGGGUCUUCUCUGUCGUGAGGAGCCACACAAGGUCAACUCCGGUCCGACUCCCCCAGUCUCCAGAUCUCUUGGGACGACUAAUCCAGAUCUGGGAAUGCUGGACAGCACCGACCACUGAGCCAACAGAACUGCCCUCCCCUCCCCCCCAGGGCUUUGUGAAAUCUUCACAAAUCUUCCCAACAUCUGAACGGUCCCUCGUUGGAGAAGCUAGCUGAGGUUCCAGAACUUGACCCUCCUUGCUGGCUGUGGCUCCAGAUUAUCUGGACAGGCUCUGAAUCUGCUGCACUGGGAAUCUAAUUUCAAUGGUGCGACGGCUGUCUGUGUGGUAGUGUGUUCAGGAUGACGUCGGAGCCUAUCUUCCCGUCGGAGCCUGUCUUCCCGUCGUACCACCUCCCCCUCAACGUCUACGUCAUUGUACUCGGGAUCGGACUCUUCGUCUUCAUGCUCAGCCUCAUCUUCUGCUGCUACAUCUUCAGGUUGAAGCAGCAGGGGCCCAGGGAGCAGUUCAGCUACAACGAGGUGGUGCUGAAAGGAGCAGGCAAGAAGCUGAGCCUACUGGGGCAAACGUGCGCGGUGUGUCUGGAGGAGUUUAGGACCCGGGAUGAGCUGGGCGUCUGUCCCUGUUCGCAUGCCUUCCACAAGAAGUGCUUACUGAAGUGGCUGGAGAUCCGCAGCGUGUGUCCGAUGUGCAACAAGCCCAUCCUCCGCCUGCAGCCGGAGCCCCCACCGGAGGCCAAUCAGGACGGGCCCCUGGACCCGGAGGAGGUCUAGACCAAUCAGGAGGGGCCCCUGGACCGUAGGAGGUGUAGACCAAUCAGGGGAGGAGGGGGCGUAGCCACCAGGACCAGGCUCCACCUCUUAAGAACAGGAGCAUUCUAAUGAUUCCAGAUGAGAUGCUUUCCAUCUUCUGGAUUUAUCUUUGUUGAUUGGAUCGAGUGGCACCUCUUAGCGCUGGUCUCCAUGGUGACCCCAGAUACGGACACGCCCUCCUGGACUUUACCUUCAUUGACCAAAUACACAAAAGACAUCGAUGGACUGGGAGGAGACGGUUGUGGAUCUCGUCCCAGUGAUGGACUGGGAGUAUCGUUGGGACAACCCAACAGGACCUGUAG